AUGCAAUCAACACUUUUGACUGUGCGCCGGUUUAGCACCACCGCUCGCCGUUUAAACGGGCCAGUGGCUCCAUUCAGAUCUGGAAUGGAUAACCAUGGCAAAGGCGCGGUGACUUUUGAUAGAAAUUUCCCUGUUCACCGCCAACCAAAAGCCUGGGAAAAAGAUCGGGAGAGUAAAGACUCAUGGUUUAGACGCAAACAUGCUCAUCACCACGCCAGAGAAAAGAAACUCGCAAAACAGAAACAGGGACCAGUUCCCACCAAGUCGCAGAGUCUCAGAAAAACCAUCUCGCAGCUGAAAAUGGACCCUCUGGUGGACUACCUGUACGGAACGAAUCCUGUUCUUGCGGCAUUGAAAGCACAACGUCGCGACAGUUUCGGGUCGCUGUUCAUUCACAACCCAAAGGAGUCCGAGAAACUGGUCGAGAUCUUGUCUUUGGCUAAACAGCUCGAAAUCCCCGUCAAGAGUGAGUACACGAAGCACGAUUUGAACCUUAUGACCAAUAACGGCGUCCACAACGGUAUUGUUUUGGAAACCAGACCCCUGGAGGUUGAGCAACUACGGAUGCUCGGUGACGCCUCAACAGAAACUUACUCUAUCGUCAAGGAACAGUUUGGAGCCAGGGAAACCGUUUCUGCUACCACCAUCGCUGAUCGCUACCCUCUGGCGCUGUAUAUAGACGAAGUGAGCGAUCCACACAACAUGGGGGCCAUUUUGAGAUCGGCGUACUUCCUUGGAGUGGACUUCACCAUCAUCUCCGAGCGGAACUGCGCUCCGCUGUCUCCAGUUGUGUCUAAGACAUCCUCGGGAGCUUUGGAGUUCAUGCCCAUAUUUUCUUCGCAGAAACCGCUACGUCUUUUUGAAGAGUCCAGAGAACAAGCCUGGACUAUCAUCUCGUCGGUGGCUCCUCAUGAGGCUGCCCGGAUGCCCAACAAACAGCUUGAUGCCGAGUCUUUAAAAGAACAGCUUGCCAAAGGUCCAUGUAUGCUUGUUGUUGGUUCUGAGGGAGAAGGAGUGAGAAAGUCGCUGCUUCAGAGAAGCGACUGGGUAGUCUCGCUGGAAAGCGGUAGAGCAGACCUGGACGGUUCUGUGGACUCGCUGAACGCGAGCGUGGCAACGGCUCUACUUCUGGCGAAAUUUCUAUGA